AAUGCCUUUGUCGAGUAACCAGAAGAUGUUGUGUGAUUGUUUGUAGUUGCCAAUUUGACAGCAGCACAGUGUUAACGCAACUAUGCGUUACGGUUUUUUUCUCUUACAAUAUCUAUUUGGGUAGUUCUGCCGGCAUGUUGUAGUAGUAGGUUUUUAAAGUACCCGAACUAGAUUAACGAACGUUACGUUCUUGUUCUGCAGCUUGCACAGUUUAUUUUACUUGCUGAGACGCAAUUAUUCUGUAGGGUACGUUGUAGGUUAUCUUUAAUACAUAAGUACAAUGUUAGAGGGGGACACUGUUAUUCAGUUUCAAUGUUGUGUCACUAUAGAGCGCCUUAACAAAGCCGGUCUGGCUGCAACAAGUCGAUCUGUUCGACGUGCCUUUAUCAGUUUGGAACGAAAUGAAUUUCAAGAAAUUGUUAUACGACUGCAUGAUGGCAAAUCUCAUCAGAACUUCACACUUCAUGAUCUGCAACUGUUUACACGUUUUUCAAAGGAUGGCAAGUGUACCGUGAAAAUUCUGCCUGACAACAUCCAGAUUUUAAUAUCAGACUGCCCUCCAGAUCAACUAUACAUUUUUAUUAAGACUUUGAGGAUCAAGCAUCUGGCAUGGAAGUCAAGCAAGCCUUUAAAUGAUCGGGACAAAUUUCUCGCUGGACUUCCACGGAGUUUUGUCGCAAUCAGUCCUCUCCAGCAAAAGGAUGUAGCAGUGCUAGAGAGAGCUCAUGGUAAGAACACAGCCAGUGACCAGCGGCUCGCCGGGCGCACUGAGAGAAACUGCACUGCGAUGAAUGGACGUCUACAAGUUAAGAGACCAAGAGCAGACCAUGAUGAUAGUAUGAAAAUAACAUCACUACUUCAAGUAGGCCUACUAUCAAAACUGCAGUUUUGGAGGAAUUAUUGCAGGAAAUGCAACAUUUUGGACAUGAUCAACUGCAUUACAUUACAUAGUAAGAAUAUAUCUCUACAUCCAAGAAAAAAGCCAAUUAUUGCUUUAUCCUCUGGACGAAAACUCAGCAAAGAGCAGUUAGCUGUCUUGAAUGCCGUCCUCAGUGGAAAGAAUGUCUUCUUCACCGGGAGUGCUGGUACAGGAAAGUCUUUCCUGUUGAAGAGGAUUAUUGGAUCCCUUCCUCCCAAAAGCACUUAUGCCACUGCAAGCACAGGUGUAGCGGCAUGUCAUAUUGGGGGAACAACAUUACACAACUUUGCAGGUAUUGGGUCUGGAUCAGGUUCUCUGGAGAGCUGUCUUGAGUUGGCUCAGAGGCCUGGUGUUGUACAGAACUGGCUCAGCUGCAGACACCUUAUCAUUGAUGAAAUAUCCAUGGUUGACGCCCAGUUCUUUGACAAGUUGGAGGCAAUUGCUAGGUCCAUCAGAAGGUCCACAGAACCAUUUGGUGGUAUUCAGGUAAUUGUGUGUGGAGACUUCUUUCAACUACCACCCGUAGGUAAAGGAAAAGACAAACCACAGUUUUGCUUCCAGGCAAGAAGCUGGAAGAAGUGCAUUCAGCUGAAUAUGGAGUUAAAAGAGGUGCGCAGGCAGACAGACCAAGCCUUUAUCUCUCUGUUGCAGGCUGUACGAGUGGGCAGAGUCACCACAGAAAUCACUAGCAAGCUCAUAAUGAGUGCUAACCACAACAUUGAGAGAGAUGGUAUCUUAGCAACCAGGCUUUGCACACAUAAAGAUGAUGUGGAACUUACUAAUGAGAACAAGCUCCAGCAAUUACCAGGUACUCUUCAUCAAUUUGAGGCUGUGGAUAGCAACCCAAACAUGCUCAGGACCCUUGAUGCCCAAAGUCAGAUUGGAAAUCUACUACAAUUAAAAGUAGGAGCACAGGUUAUGCUGACAAAGAAUUUGGAUGUUCAGAGAGGUCUUGUCAAUGGAGCUAGAGGGGUUGUGCUGGACUUUCAGCCUGGCAAUCAAGGUCUUCCACGUGUACACUUCCUUUGUGGAGUCACAGAAGUGAUUAGACGGGAGCGAUGGGUGCUUAAGGCCAAUGGAGGCCAAUUUAUAAGUAGACUGCAGCUGCCUCUUAAAUUAGCCUGGGCCAUCUCCAUUCACAAAAGUCAAGGCAUGACUUUGGACUGUGUUGAAAUUUCCCUGGCACGGGUGUUUGAAAGUGGUCAAGCAUACGUAGCCCUGUCUCGUGCACGAAGCCUGGAGGGGUUGCGGGUGCUUGACUUCAAUCCACAUAUUGUGAAGGCCAACCAAGAUGUCUUGGCAUUUUACAAUAAAAUGAGAAAAGAGAGGCUGAUUUUGCAGUCUUCCAUGGAUACGUUUUUGGGCCCAUAACAAGCCAAAUGAGAGGACGGAUUCAAGUCGUAUCUUUUAAUUUCCUGCAUUUUUUAUAUGGACACUUACAGUUUUACAUCCACAUGGAUCUGAAGCUUUUAAUAAAAAAGGUUUUAUUA